UUCUCACUUGAAGAAAAAUGAAGUCCUCUUUCGUGUUUGCUAAAAUUAUCAUCUUUCUUUUCUCAUUUGUUCUGCUAGCUUCGGCUAAUCACACUGAUCAUGAAGAGUUUCUUCAGUGCCUGAGCUCUCGUAUACCCAAGUCCAUUAUCUACGCUUCAAAUAACCCCUCGUAUUCAAAUGUAUUAGAUUCAACGACUCAAAAUCCUCGUUUUCUUUCAUCUUCGACCAGAAAUCCAUCUGUUAUCGUCACACCAUUUAAUGUCUCCCACAUACAAGCCACCAUUUACUGCUCCAAGAAGCAUGGCGUGCAAAUAAGAAUUCGAAGUGGUGGGCAUGAUUAUGAAGGCCUUUCUUAUCAGUCCAGUGUCCCAUUUUUCAUACUUGACUUGAGAAACAUAAAUUCCAUUCAAGUUGAUGCGGAGAGGAAGAGUGCAUGGGUUGAGGCAGGUGCGACGCUCGGUGAACUUUACUACAGGAUCGCUGAAAAAAGCAAAACGCUUGGCUUCCCUGGCGGUCUUUGCAGCACCGUUGGUGUCGGUGGACAGUUAGGCGGAGGAGGCUAUGGCUACCAAUCGCGAACAUAUGGGCUCGCAUCUGAUAAUAUUAUUGAUGCGCAAUUAAUCGACGCUCGAGGAAGAAUUCUCAAUCGGAAAUCCAUGGGGGAGGACUUGUUUUGGGCCAUUCGCGGUGGUGGAGCAGGAAGCUUCGGAAUUGUAAUUGCCUGGAAGGUUCAACUCAUUGACGUGCCUUCGACAGUGACUGUCUUUGAAACUGCACGAAUGUGGGAAGAUAAUGUAACAAAGAAGUUUGUUCAUCGUUAUCAACGUCGUGCUUCCAACAUCGAUAAGGAUCUAACCAUCUUCUUGGGAUUCCGAACCACAAAUACUAGCGAUGAACAAGGGAAUACAAAGAUUGCAAUAAUAGUUGUCAUCUCAGCCACAUUCCAUGGCAGCCGGGAUAGGCUCCUUCCACUGAUGCAAAAGGAGUUUCCCGAGUUGGGUUUGAGCAAAGAAGAUUUCAAUGAAAUGUCAUGGGUCCGAUCUAUUGUCCAUUACAAUAAUUAUAGAAACAAUGAUCCAUUGGAAGUUCUACUCAAUAAAACAGUCAAUUUCGAACCCAACCCUUUCAAAUUGAGAUCUGACUAUGUGAAAAAGCCUAUUCCAGAUGACGUGUUAGAAAAGUUGCUGGUUCGGUUGUACGAAGAAGACGUAGGAUACGAUUUUGUGGAAUUUUUUCCAUAUGGAGGAAAAUUGAGCGAGAUUUCAGAAUCUGAAAUCCCAUUCCCACAUCGAGCUGGAAACCUCUACAACCUUCGGUACAUGGCUUCAUGGAAACAAGGCGAAAAUACUACAAGAAUCAACAAGCAUCUUAGGUGGGUAAGAAGUGCUUACGAUUCCAUGACUCCCUAUGUGUCAAAAAAUCCAAGGAGUGCAUAUCUCAACUUUAGAGACCUUGACAUCGGGGUCAAUCCUAAUGAGAGUGACACAACAAGUACGUAUAACUAUAUUAAACAAGCAAGCAUUUGGGGUACUAAGUAUUUUAAGAACAAUUUCUACAGGCUAGUUUAUGUAAAAACUUUAGUUGAUCCAACUAAUUUCUUUACGUACGAACAAAGCAUCCCACCCAUUCUUCACCAUUAAAAAGGCGAUUGGAAAUGCUUGUUGUAUUGCCUUAAAAUUGUUGUCUUUAGCUUUCUUACUUUGUCCCUUUUGAAUAAAAGUCGUCUUGUAACUAUUUAUUUAUGAAGUUUCCAAAUGAA